AUGGCAUCUUUAGCAUUCAAGUUCAUUCGAAGGAUUGUGAAUGUACUUUCAUUUCUGCUGCUCCUGGAGACUGUAGUUAUUGCUGUGUAUACGUAUUGGUCAAGGACCCUAAGUAGACUGGAGAUGUAUAUAUUUUCAAAUGGAGACGGAGGGUUCAGUUCGGUCACAGGCUAUCUUAUAUGCUUUUCCUUGUUCAUGGCACUCUUAUCAUCUACUGCUGUGAAUAGUAAAAGUAAGUUUACAAUUAAGCUGGCCCUUAUAUUCGGGAUAUUUUAUUUUACGUUCUCCGUUGCAUGCUUUGCAUACAUAAAGUUCUCAUAUUUGACAAAAAUGACAGACGGUGCAUACGACAUGUACAACAGGUCUACGUUUGACUUCUCUUCACUGCUUGCAAUGAUAGGGAAGACGAACAUAAUAAACAACAGACAAGAGCAACUCACAUGUCUCAUGAAUAUUAUAAAUAAUGAGCUCUGGGUGAUCAUGAUUAUGCUGACAUGUUCUUACUCACUGGGUGGUUUUAUAACAAUAUUCAUGAUUAUGGGGGGCAACUGCAAGAUAAGAAAGCCAAAGACAAAGCCAGCAGAAGAAGAAGCAGAAGUAAUUGUGCAGCAGGUAGGUUUCUCAGGGGGAUCACUCCGGAAGGCAUCGCAUAAAUCCUCUAUGAUGUAA